AUGUAUGACACACUCAAUAAUUUGAUGACAAAGUUUAGUAAGGAAACGACGGAACUGAGAGACGAUCUGCUCAGAGAAGUAAAACGCAUGGAUGAUUCCAAGGAAAAAGAACCGGAAUUUAAGAAUGCAAGCAUACAAGUGAAGUCAUUAGUACAACGUUUGGGCGCAUUAACGAACAAUUUUACCUCUCAUGUAACACAGUGUGUAUCUAGAAUUGAGUCCGACAUGAUGAUAAUUCAAGGGGUUUGCAAUACAAGUGGAACACGAAAUGAUGUGCAUCCUAAACCUACAUCUUGUGAUGAUGUUGACAAAAGCGGUGUUCAUACAAUAUAUCCAGACUUCAAACCAUCCGGUCUGGAAGUGUAUUGUGAGAUCGAUCAAGGAAAGGCUUGGUUAGUUAUUCAACGUCGAAAGUACGGAACGGUCGACUUUUAUCGCUCUUGGGAGGAGUACAAGACGGGCUUUGGAAAUGUGAGCGGGGAUUUCUGGCUGGGAAACGAGUUUCUCCACCAUCUGACUAAAUACAAGUCUCGCCAAUUGCUAAUCGACAUGGAGACAUUUGAAGGCAAAAAAGCAUAUGCGAUGUACGAUGAGUUUGGUUUGUCGUCUGAAGCUGGAAAAUACAAACUGAGUAUAAAAGGGUUCAAUGGGGAUGUUCAAGAUAGGUUAACUAUGCAUACUGGCAAGAUGUUCUCAACGAACGAUGCAGACAAUGACGAUACUAGUACUCGCUGUUGUUCGUGUAUCUAUCGUGGUGGCUGGUGGUUCACUGACUGUUUCGAUUCUCAUCUGAACGGAAAAUAUUAUUACAAACAUGAAACUGUGCCUUCUCCACACGGAAUAUGGUGGUUUGGGUUUGAGUCGUCGCUCAGAUAUGUGGCCAUGAAAUUACACUAA